AUGGCAACUCGAUCCUAUCAUAGGGAUGGGACCAGGACCAGUGCUGUGGAUAUGGCCAACCAUGGUGCCCAGAAUGAUUCUCUACUGGAGAUCACCACUGCCGCACACACACGUUGUGGUCGGAAUUAUGGGAUCCUCGUCUUUAAAGAUAUACCGGCCGCAUUCCGGAUAGUGGAACGUUUUGAGCAACUUCAGCAACUUCAGCAGGAGCAACUUCAGCGGGAUCUCAAUGGCGAGCAAUCGCACGGUAUGAUGGACGACAAUACCAUUAAUGGAUACAAUGGCGAGCAAGAGCGGCAUAGAGACGCGAAUGGUGGCACGGGACCAGAGACGAGUUUAGACUCGGGAGAAAGUGACGAGGAUGAUGCGGAGCCCUUUGGGUACAUCCCACUUGACCAAGGAAACAGCAUCGACAUGGAUGAGGACGAUAACAGCGAAGAUGACCAAGAAUGCGAGGACGCAGGUUACGGUCAGAUGUUUAGCGACGGAGAGGGCGAUCAGGACGACUUCCAGGACGAUGACGAUGACGAUGAGAGUCAAGGAUACGACGGGUAUCUUCGCACGGCUGGCCGCGAUGGAAUAAUACCUGUACCGGUGAUCCCACAGGCGGUCGAGAUUGAACUGGAGGACGAUGAACGGGCGGUAGAAGAGAUCCCAGAAGAGGAUCUGAAGACGAUUGCGAUGGUGAUGAAGUCGUUCUCGCUACCGGCUCCCGACUGGGCAAAGUCGAUUCCGGAGGAACGUUGGCUGCCGAGGGUUGUGCAGCAAGCUGAGGCUGGCAGGACGCCGUCUUCCUCAGGAGCUGGAUCCAGCUCUGGACAGUCUCUCGAUGGAGCAGAACCGCUGCCAUAG